AGAUAGGUGUGAAUAGAAACAGCUGACUGACUAAUAGUGCACUUACAAUAGAAACGGGAAGAUUUGGCGACAUUUUGGUCAGGAAAUCUAUCAUUUUGAAGUAUAAACUUCACUGAUAGAGCACUGAAUGAUUUAUAUUUAAUUGUUUGAUUUCUGCAAAACUUAUUCGAGCUGGUCCCUGAUACGGAAGUUCCUUGGGGUGGUCAUGGCUACAAUGAGCAGUAGCGCGAGUAAAAUUCUGCAGUCUGAGUUUAAAAAGCUACAACAACAACCAGUGGAAGGAUUCAAGAUCGCAUUGGAAGAUGACAGCGAUAUCUUCAAGUGGAAAGUUGGAUUAUAUGGACCUCCUGAAACAUUGUAUGCGGGCGGUUACUUCAGGGCGAUUAUAAAAUUCCCGCAAGACUAUCCAUACUCACCUCCCACUUUCAAAUUCAUCACAAAAAUGUUUCAUUCAAAUAUAUAUGAGAAUGGUGAGGUUUGCAUUUCCAUCUUACAUUCGCCCGUAAAUGACCCACAAAGUGGUGAAUUACCCUCGGAGAGAUGGAACCCAACACAAACUGUAAGAACGAUUUUACUGAGUGUAAUAUCUCUAUUGAACGAACCCAACACAUAUUCCCCUGCUAACGUGGAUGCAUCAGUCAUGUACAGGAGGUGGAAGAAUUCUAAAGGUUGCGAUAAAGAAUACGAGGAUAUAAUCAGGAAACAAGUUCAAGACUCGCGUAAGGAUGCGGAGAGAGAGGGCGUGGUCGUUCCUAUGACGGUGUCAGAGUAUUGCAUCAAGACACGCCUACCAAGCAAAGACUCCACCGCCUCGAACGAUAUUACCGACAUUUUUUUUGACGACGAUGACGGAGAUGACGAUUAUGGGAUGAAUGAGGAUUACGAAUAUGAUGACGAUGAUGACAAUGAAGACUAUGGGGAUGAUGAUAGCGGCGCACAUGAUGAGAAUUAGACUAAGCUGAAAGUAUGGGUUGCUCUCAUUCAAGGGUUAAGGCUUUGGACAAAACAUUUUAGCUUUCAGAUCAAUUAUUGUAAGUUUUUUUCAUUUCUUAUUUAAACAGGGGAUGGUUAAAUUAGUUUCUAUUCUUCUGUCUUUUCAAUUUUUCACUCGUCUUCUGAUUUAUGGACAUCGUUUCUGAAUCCUAAUGAUUUCUUGGUGACUUUUUGCCCUCAAAGCCAAGCUGCUAGCAAUUAAGUGGGGUAUAUGUCCACUGAGUGUGUUCUUUAGAGCGUUUUGCUCCAGUGUUGCACAUCUACACUUGCUUUUAUCGUUAACUUGUUUCUAAUGGGAAGUUUUUCGUUGUGCACACGCCCAAGAUUUUGGCUUGUAUGAAUUAUAAUUUAACAAAUAAACAACACACAUGGCAGGA